AUGGAGCGAAACAGUGGUUUUGGUCAGAUUAUGGAAGAAGGUGACAAUCCCGGAUUCUUCAAGAUUCUUCGAAGGGAAGAUUUAUCUUCUGAAAUCAUGGUAACUCUCUUAAUUUUUUCAUACCUAGAGUUUCUAAGAAUGAUUCCUCAUGACUUCAUAAGAAGCGUCUCCCAAAGCUCGUCAUCGUUUAAGAUGGACUUAAAAGUUCCAUGGGGAAACUCAUGGCCAGUCAAAAUCUCCAAGAACCCAAGUUUUCACUACAUGGAAGAUCGUGGAUGGAACCAGUUUGUGAGCGACAACGCUUUGGGUGAAAACGAGUAUCUUACCUUCACUCACGAGGGAAAUAUGUACUUUAGCGUAAGCAUCUACGAGCCAGAUGGUACGGAGAUGCUUAGACCAAGAAAAUCUGUAACCAUUGCUUCUAGUUCCGGCCUGAACAAGACAGAACAGAGGAAGGGCUUAUACAAAGAUGUGAAGGAGGAAGAGAUAGUGUCUUCGUCUGAAUCGAGCUAUCAUGGUCUCAAAAGCAGGUUGAAGCAGAAACGGGGGAGUAACUUGGGAAAGAAGAAAGCUGAAGAAACCGUAAAAUCGAAGAAGAAGAAGAAGAAGGUGGAUACUGCUUGUAACGAUUUUGAAGCCGGAACCUCGUCACUUGUUCCAGAAUUCAAUAUCACCAUAAAGAAAUCACACCUCCUGUUCUUGGCAAUCCCGAAGUGGUUUGUGGAUAAGCAUAUGCCAAAGGAGACAAAAAUGUUCAAGAUUCAUUCGAAAGGGAUGGAUUCAGGGGAAGUUUUGUAUCUGGUCACUGAUGUCCAGACAAGAUUCUCUGCUGGCUGGUCUCGUUUGGCCAAGGGGUUAGGUUUAGAGGUCGGAGAUGUCUGCAAGUUCAAGCUCAUUAAACCAACCGAGAUGCUUCUCGAAUUCUCCAGAGAUGAUGAAGAAGAAUACGACGACGAUGAUGAUGAUGAUGAAGAAGAAGAAUACGACGAUGAUAUAUGACAUUAUGGGUUGUUGGAGAAUUAGUGAGAGCCUUUUGGAAGAUGUCUCUGA